AUGGUCGCAACAAGGGGAUCUUCCCGUAUCAACGGGACCCAAGCCGUUCCUAAGCAUGAACCAAGUCCCAGUCCAGCCCCACGAGUGAACCGGAAGCGCAAGGCCCCCAGCGACGCGGAGGCCGCGGUGCCCGCGGUGCCUGUUACGCCAACGAAGAAGCGCACACAGCGGAACGCAGUGCCAUCAACUCCGACACCCGGGGCCGCGGGCCUAUUCGCGGAGCCUUCCGGUGCGACAAAGAAGCCGCGAAACGUGGCGGUGACCCGCCUUGCGGACCCGAGAUCUACAAAUGCGUUGCUCCUCUCACCAGAGACGUCACGGUUGGUGGCAUCCCGUGACAUCGAAACAGUGUCGCCCUCCAAGGUGUCCCGAGUCGGGGCUACAACUGAGAACCUGCUGAAGGAGGCCUGUGACCACCUCAUCAAGAUUGAUGAGCGCAUGCGGCCAUUGAUCGAGCAGCACCACUGCCGAGUAUUCUCGCCUGAGGGUCUAGCAGAGAAGAUCGAUCCGUUUGAGAGUCUCUCCAGCGGCAUCAUUAGCCAACAAGUGUCUGGCGCAGCAGCCAAGUCUAUCAAGGCAAAGUUCCUUGCCCUGUUCGAGGACAACAUCGGGGAGAGGUUUCCUCACCCAUCCCAGGUUGCCGCUCGAUCAAUUGAGAACCUCAGGACGGCGGGACUAUCGCAACGCAAGGCUGAGUAUAUCCAGGGACUCGCCGAGAAGUUUGCCAGCGGCGAACUCAGCGCGCAGAUGUUGCAUGAUGCAUCGAAUGACGAGGUCAUGGAGAGGCUUAUUGCUGUUCGAGGUCUGGGCAAGUGGUCUGUCGAGAUGUUCGCCUGCUUUGGGCUCAAGCGAAUGGACGUCUUCUCACUCGGCGACCUGGGUGUUCAGAGAGGCAUGGCUGCAUUUGUUGGACGAGACGUGGGCAAGCUCAAGUCCAAGGGGGGCAAGUGGAAAUACAUGUCGGAGCAGGAUAUGACGGAACUGUCGGACAAGUUUGCGCCGUAUCGCAGCCUCUUCAUGUGGUACAUGUGGCGCGUGGAGGAGACGGAUGUUAGUACCAUGGAAUAG